AGUGGUCGAGUAUACUAUUGUAUCAAAGUUCAUUUCAUUCGUUGCAGAAAAUGCAGAUAAAAAUUGGAGGAAGGUGGCCUCCAUCAUUAACAAAGAUGGUGAGCUAAAGAUGCAAUUUGGCUUGGAUCAAUCCUUAGCCAGAAAUGAGGCUCAAGUUAUCUUAAACAAGACAAAGUUGGGUAUUUUAUCGGAUAGGGGAAAUUCUAAGAGAAAAGCUAUCCAUACGGGCAAGGAUAGUACAGAUGCAUUAACAUCAUCUAUAGAAAAGGUAACAACCACUCUUCAAAGUCCAAAUGCGAUUAUGAAACAUCCAAAAUUGGAUGAAAAGAACAUUCUCAACGAGGAAGGGCCUAUUAAUUAUUCACAAAAAUUAUUAAAUGAAGGGGUCGAAUUGGAAACACAUAAAAAGGCGAAAAAAGCUACGAGAGUUGCUUCAAAAACAAAUACUCAGAAAUCAAAAAAUGCUUCAGAAACAAUAGGAACGCAUCAGCAAAAUUGCUGA